CAGAUUCCGUCCAAAAAAAAAAUAAAAAACCCCGGUGAAGAGUGAAAUUUGUUUAACCUUCCGCAAGCAAGGAAAUGAAAAUGGUGAUUUCAAGUAUGUGCAAAUACAACACUGAGUAAGAUACUCAAAGUUUGUGAAUUGUGAAAAAGGAAAGAGAAAUUCAACUCUUUUUCUCUUGUCGUCUUCAUUUCUCCAUUUCUACAACCAGUUUUAAACAGACCCAGUAGUUCCCAAGCUGAAUCUGAAGCUUUUUUUUAUUUGCCGGAGUUUCGGAAAUAGUAAAGCAUUCAUCACAUGGAAGAAGAGAUGUCUAACUCUACAGUUGCCUGGAGUUGGGUUAUUGAAGCCCUAGCAAAGUCUGAGCUAGUUGAUUAUACUCUUUUAUAUGAUCUGAUGUCAAAGGCGCCGCCAUUAUCGGGAAAUUCAGGGAAAGUAGCAAUGGAAGCUGCUGCAUUGAGGUGCUUGGAGGGACUAUGUGGUCCUCCAAAUGUGUCGGGUGAGAAUAAUGUUGUGCAUGACCCGUCAAAAAUUCGGUUUGAUCCAGCAGAGACCUGUGAAGUUGUCCUUCCAUGCAUUUUAAGUGAGAUUUCAGCUUCUAAGGGUAUGCUGGAUGAGUUGAAGUGGGAUGUUCAGUCUUUUGUCAAGCACAAGAGAGCAAAUCUUCCAAAAUCCACACUAGAAUUGUUGAAGGAUGUGAUUCUAGAAGGUACCCAUUCACUUGCUGAUUCCUUGAAGGAAAUUAGCGGACUUGCUGUUCCAGAUCAAUGUGUGUUAAAUAUUCCCUUCGAUGGUGGUGAUCCAACAUCCCCCCAAUUAAGGAGCGAUGAAGGUGAUCAUGGUGAUAAAACCAUGCUAGCAGAAGAUCCUGCAUGUUCCCAGAAAAUUCAGACUGAUAGUCAUGUGCAAGAGAUUCAUGCUGAUAAUCAUGUGCAAGAAAUUUAUGCUGAUAAUCAUGUGCAAGAGAUUCAUGCUGAUAAUCAUGUGCAAGAGAUUCAUGCUGAUAAUUAUGUGCAAGAAAUUCAUGCUGAUAAUCAUGUGCAAGAGAUUCAUGCUGAUAAUCAUGUGCAAGAGAUUCAUGCUACCCCUAGAAAGAAGCUUAAAUUGGACCAGUCUAAGCAACAGCAUACAGUUCCUGUUGGUAGCAAUCAAAUGAGUUAUGGCACAGAACACGGACAGUAUCAUGAAGUCAUGAAUGCAAAUGGAAUACUUGAUGGGAAUUCAUAUGGGAGAGAUGUUGACGAGCAGGCCAAAGAGUAUGAGGGAAGUCAUUUACAGCAACAACUUUCACCAAGUAUUGGUUACCACUGCCGUGAAGAGACUGAUUUUGCCAUGAAAAACUCUAAUUUACUGGGUUCUCAUUGUGUGUUCACUGGAAACUUCCUCGCAAUGUCCGAGACAGAGGCAAAUAUUUGUAUGAAGUGCAAUAAAGAUGGCCAAUUGUUAUCUUGUAGUGCUAGUAGCUGUCCUUUAUUGUUUCAUGAGAGCUGCUUGGGUUCCUCAGCCCACUUUGAUGGUCAAGGAAACUUUUACUGUCCAUUUUGUGUAUAUUCUCGUGCAAUUGCAGAGUAUGUUAGAGCCAAGGAAAAAGUUUCUUCAGCAAGGAAAGAGCUCUCGCUUUUCAUUGGAGGGAGGAGCGAUGACCAGCAAGAGCAUGAUAGUGAUACAUCAUCAGGGGACAAUGUCAGCCAAGACAGACGAAGGAAUGUUGAUAAAAAAGAUGAGCUGAAAAAAGGUGCUAAUGUUGUAAUUCAAGCUGCUAAGCCUGUUCAGAGGAGCGUAACAGGUAAACAGUUAGAGCUUUCGCACUCAUCUACCUGCAUGGAUGUCAAUGGAUUUUUAAUGGGUACACAACAAAAGCUUUCUUUUAAAGACAGACAAGGUGCAGAGAUAAUUAUCCAAUUUUCAAGAGACCCAUCUCUAAUCUGGAACCAGGGACAGGAUGGUCAUGGUCGGGUCGGUGCCAAGUUGUCUAGUGAUAAGGAGUUAAAAACUCGGAGAGAAAGCAAGAGCUGUAAAAUUACUGAGCUUCAUGGAGAUAAUUCAUCUGAAUCAAUUAGUGAUUCAGAUGGACUACACGAAGAUAAGAGGGAUGUUAGUACCAGUCCCAUUGCAUCCCCUACACCUCUACGUGAGAUUCCAGGAACUCCACGAUAUAGACGAAAGAAGGUCCCUUGGACAGCAGAGGAGGAAGCAGUGUUGAAGAAAGGGGUAGAACUGUAUCAGGGGGGAAGUCGAGCUACCCCGUGGAAAAGCAUUUUGGAAUUUGGAGGUUCUGUUUUUCAGAAGGGUCGAACAGCUAUAGACCUCAAGGAUAAAUGGAGGAAUAUUACGCGUGGAACGAGCCCUAAAGUGAAGAAUUGAAGUUGUAACUUCUGUGAGCUGUUUUUGUAAGUAGCUCUGUUUUGUAGCAUGCUUGAAGGCAUUUUUUGGUCCAGAGGUUAUUCUGCAUACAUAGAUGUCGAAGAAUCUUUUUGCGUAGCCUCCAAGAUCUCUUUGUAGAAGUAGUUCAGCUAUCGUCACUUGAACAUGGUGUUUGAAGUUUCUUGCCAUCAAGUUGCGAGUAAUGAUGUAAUUAUCCAACCUUUUUUUGAACUAAGUUAGGUUACUAUGUACAUUAUGUCUUAUUCCAAUCAUAAGGAAAGGCGAUUAGCUUAUGGGAAAGUAUUUGUCGACUUUUCAUGGCAACUGAGACAUAGUUCUUGCCUUUUUUGUACAUACUUUGAUGGGGUCUAUGUAACAAUUAAUAACAAACAUAGGGAGUAUAUUUUUUUGAAUUUAGAGAAGGCAUAA